AACCCGCGCAAUACGAUAACAAAGCGUCAAGCAAAAUGACAUCCUAGUGAAACAUAAAGCACAAUGCAAAUUCUCUUUACGAUCUUUGUUUAUUUUAUAGCGAUGUUGGAUGUAAACGGAGCUGCCAAAUUUGAUACACUAGUUUAUCCCUUAAUGUUUAAAACGAAUAGUAUUAACUAUGGGAAGUUGAAUUAUUAUAAUCCACCAGACGUCAAAUUAACAGACGACACGUUUAAAACUCCAGAGAAAAAUAUUAAUCGCAGAAAACAAGUUGUUAGUGCACAAAGGAUGACACCAACUUCUACUAUGACUAUAAUCAGUCUAUUAAAUGGUUUCAAGGGGGGAAAUGAAUAUACAACAAGCACACCAAUAGAGGAACCUAUACCGAUCAUUGAAUAUACCGAACCAAUUAACAAAAAGCGCAGUGGUAAAAAAAGGACUGCUAACGCAGGUAAAACAAUAGGUGAACUUUUAUGGGGCAACCAAAAUUCUAUGAGUUUACCGUUAAAUGAACAAAAACCAAUCGUCUCACCUCCCGUGAUCAAAUCUAAACACCACAGGCAAAGUUACAUUAUCAAUAAGCUUAAAGAAAAAGAAAAUUUACAACAGUACUUAAUUCAUCCUGGUUACGAUUACGACGAUACAAUUUGUAAAAUUAUAAAUAAAAGAUUAUUAUGCGGUUACAAUAAAAACCUCGGAAAAAUUCAUGAUGAGACUGCUUACAUCAAUUUACAAGGUGAUUGUCGAAUGCGAGAUGAUAGAAUAGAAUGUGGAUACUCAGGUGGAACCCAAAACCUUAACUAUGAACCAUACUCUAAUACCAUUUAUCGAACUAGACCGGACCAAGGUGAUAAUGACAAUACACCGCCGCCACCAACGAAUAAUCGAGAUAAUUUGGAUAUGCUUAGAAAACUAGCUGCAACAUACGAUCCUCACCAAAAUAUUCGCUCAUCAAAUCUCAGAAACGGAAAUGUCGAUUUUUAUUAA